AUGCCAUUUGCAAGCGAAAAUCGAAGAAAAACGCUCCUCAAUUUAAAAAAUAGGAAGGCAGUUGAGGCAAACGAGGAGGCUGUUGGAGAGGAA